GGAAAUCGAAUGCGGGUCUCUCGCUUGUGAGGUAUUUGAAAACCCAACUGUGUUUUCUAAAUCGUAGAACAUUUACUUUUAAAGAAGAGCCUAUAUCGGUAACAAACUGGAAGGUCUACGGUUAGAUGAGAGCCUUAUCUCAGGCUUAAGGAAUCGGAGGGAAAAAGGAGUAAGAAAACAGAUGUCUUCCCCAGAAAUAGAGUGCAAAGCUCCAAGCUCAGAGUUGGAUGAACUUGACCCACUUCUGAGCGACUGUUCAGAAUUGCUGGAUAAUAAGUCUGCAUCUGAUGAAACUGUUGAAGAAGAAGGAUUCAUGGGCAUUGCUCCACUAUUACAAGCCCAUCAUGCCAUGGAAAAGAUGGAAGAGUUUGUCCACAAGGUGUGGGAGGGCCGGUGGCGUGUCAUUCCCCAUGAUGUGCUUCCUGACUGGCUGAAGGACAAUGACUACCUCCUGCAUGGUCACAGGCCACCUAUGCCAUCUUUUCGCGCCUGCUUGAGAAGUAUAUUUAGGAUCCACACAGAAACUCUGAACAUUUGGACACAUCUCUUAGGUUGUCUUUUCUUCCUUGGUCUUGGAAUUUUCUACAUGUUUAGGCCGAACAUUUCCUUUGUGGCCCCUGUGCAGGAAAAAGUUGUAUUUGGGAUGUUCUUCUUGGGCGCCAUUCUUUGCCUAAGUUUCUCUUGGUUGUUUCAUACGUUCUACUGCCAUUCAGAAAAUGUUUCACGUGUAUUUUCCAAAUUGGACUAUUCUGGUAUCGCACUUCUGAUAAUGGGCAGCUUUGUGCCAUGGUUGUAUUACUCAUUCUACUGUAACCCACAGCCUUGUUUCAUCUAUUUGAUCGUUGUCUGUAUUCUUGGCAUCACAGCAAUUAUAGUCUCCCAGUGGGACUAUUUUGCAACACCACAAUACAGAGGUGUACGAGCUGGAGUGUUUGUAGGAUUGGGGCUGAGUGGAGUUGUGCCUACUCUGCACUUCAUGAUAUCCGAAGGAUUUUUCAGAGCUGCUACAAUUGGACAGAUAGGCUGGUUGUUCUUAAUGGCAGCGCUGUAUAUCACAGGAGCUGCCUUAUAUGCUGCCCGUAUCCCUGAACGAUUCUUUCCUGGAAAGUGUGACAUUUGGUUCCAUUCCCAUCAGCUUUUCCAUGUGCUGGUCGUGGCAGGUGCAUUUGUCCACCUUCAUGGAGUCUCAAACCUUCAGGAGUUCCGUCGAGGUAUAGGUGGUGGAUGCACUGAUAAUGACUUGCUAUGAAACUCUAAUUGCGUUUAUGGUGGAACGUCGUCAUUGAAAUCAGUGACAGAAAAAUUCUGAAAGACCUGUGCUGAUCAAAAGUCUUACCUCAGUUAUAUUUGAGUGAAUCAGUUCCUAUAUUAGGCGUUUCACGACUAAUGAUCAAUUUUUUCAUUACAUGCCUGUCUUGGAUGUUACGGUAAUAACUAGCCAGGCAUAGAAACCAAUAGUAACCAGAGAAGUGUGAGUAACUGGACAUGUGAAUAACUAGUGCGACUUCCUGAGGAGUACAGCACUGCAACGCAUCAGAAAUGUUGUUUUCAACAGCGAUCUGGGUGUUCGGAGGAAGGAAUCCCUGUAUAGUAGAGAAAACCCAUCUGCUGCAAAAGGAAGUCAGCUGGUAACUGGUUACCAAUGUGAUCGUCUAACUAGUCGUGAAACACCAAUGAAAAUAUGUAAAUUAUAAAUUAUAUGCUAGUAUGUAAUUUACAUAAUUGCUGAAUCUGAAACAAAGUUCUGCUUUAUUGAAAUGCCAUAUUUAUUUCUAGGGAAGAUAUAAAAAUGGAGGAAGAACUUGAAAGAGUUAAUACUUCUGAGCAGGGUCUGACUGCUAACAAAAAUGAUUCUUGUAAAUAAGAUUUCUAACUUUCAGUUAAUUAGAAAAUUUAUAUUGUAAGAACUUUUUGUACAGAAAAGCAUUUGCAAGAGUACCACACACUGUUAACUUACAUUGCACAAAUGUUAGUAGACAUCACUUCAGGUAGUAGAGAUAUGCUAGUACAAGAAGCAAUGCAAACAAGCCUUUCUUGUGUUGGCUUACCCAGUACGUAUCCUGUCAGGCCUAAUAAUUUUAUUGUUUCUAUUCUGCCGUAUGCUACGCUUAUGGAUAGCAGUGAUUGGGAAAUCAACUGGAAGGCAGAGUGUCCAAAUUUUUGUUGAUCCUGUAUCAAUUUCACCUUCUAAGGAAUCAUAUGCAUAUAUAUGUAUAAUAUGUUCUACGUACAUAUUCAUUCAUAUAUAACAGUAAUUUAUUUUUACUCUUCUGUGUAGUGCAUGGAAGUAAUGUCCUAUAUUUGUUUGUCAUUUUGUGAAUGGUCAGUGUAAUGUGAUAACUGGACACAGAUGCAGUUUGCUAUUACGUUUGGUUGGAACUGGAGAUGAUUCACUUUUAAUCCUGUCUUCAGUUUAUUUUAUCACAUUAAAAGGAUGUUCCAGCAAACCUAGAGCUAGGAAAUAGGAAAGCCAGUUUAUAUUUGUUUUAAUGGACUACAACACAGAAUUGCCCCUUUCCCAUGAGUGCAAUCACAAUGAUUUAUGUAUUUUGACCAUAGCACCUUACCACUGUCAUUGGGAAUUGGGCAAAGUGUGUCACUUCAGGAUGCAAAAUGAGUUUUAAAACAAGUCCUGAUAUUUGUUUGCUGUAACAUUUAUAUUUUAAAUAUGUUCACCUUAAACUUUUAACUCAUUCGCAUAUACUGGAACAAUGAUUUUUUUUAGGAUAACAGACCUGCAGUUCGAAACAGACCUGCUGUGAAAAAUGUUUCUCUAUGGCAAAUGACAGUGGAGUGACCCAGUCCUAUAAAGUGGUGCUUGCUUCUGUACCAGAUGAUCAUGGGCCCCCUUAUCUUCUUUCUUUCACCCUUUCAAAUUAGACAUUAGCAUGUCAAGUUGAGAUGAAUUUUGACUGUACCACUGAGUGCUUUUGAGGGUUGGGGGGAUGGAGAAGGGAAGUGUAAAAGUUGAAGGCAGGUUGCAUCUUGUUACCAAAUACCUCCUGUUGAUCAGGCAGUUUUGAGGAAUCCAAUAAUUCCAUCAUCCUGUGAAAGGUUAAUUCAUGAAUGCAGUGGAGUUCCCAAG